CAAGGGGCCGCGGGAUGAUGUCAACGAUGAAAUCCGUGGUUUCGUCGCGUCUAUCAUACAAGCCGCUAUGCAUCGUACGUACGAAUGGCGUCUAAUGAACGAAAAACAACCGGAAACCAUUUUCGACCCACUGGAUGGGCAAUUGAACGAAAAGAUUAUAGAGUUCGAAGAGGAAAAACGCGUCUAGUACAGUACCAAGCUGCAAAAGAAGACAGUGAACCCUCAAGCGAACAAGACAUGGAGGAGACAGAGCAAUCGGUUGCAGCCCUCAGCAAAGUACCACAUCCGGACCCAAAUAUUAGAUGGCCGACUAUUGAGGAGUUUAACCAAGACCUUGGUUUAAAAAGUAUGGAAGAAUGCAUAAAGGGCUGGCAACUGGAGGAACCUUGGCUGCAUUGUACCGAUGCUAUCAGUGUCGAAGACGCAACUUACGAGAAGUUGUAUCGGUACCGAGUUCGCUGGAGUAUACCAACGAGACGCGCACCAAUACCAAGGGCGACCGCGUCAGUCUAUUUCACGAUUGAGGUUUCUAAAGUCAAACCUAAGAAUCAUGAAGUUGACGUUUACUAUCAACUGGAAACCUUCCGCACAAAGCACAGACCUGGUUCUACUCGAUUUUCGGAGAAGUGGUUGCAUGAUCUGAUUGCCAGCAAAGCAAGGUUGAUGUUAUACGUAAACUUUUGAGAAAUGGAUACAAGUGCACCUGCGCGUACCAAUGACAAGGUGCGACUCAAAGUGUGAAUAGUUAUUUAUUUUGCCAAGUAUAUCCACUAUCAUAUCCGGUAUCCCUGUCGCACAGUCAAUAACGGUCAUGCCUUCCCGAAAUAUAACUUGGUUAACA